AUUCACAGAAAGCAUUUAUGGAAAGAAACAAUACCCAGGCACGUAGCGAUAGAAAACAUCAUUCGAAAGCGAUAGGAAAGAAAACUAUUUCGAGAAUGCAAAUCGUAGCAAAAUUUUCUGAUUACUUGAAAGAGAUCGAAGAAGAAAGGCUGCAAUUGGAAAAACAACGGAUUGAGAGAGAACACCAGCAACUGGUAAAACAACGGCUUGAGAGAGAACAGCAGCAACUGGAAAAACAGCGGAUGGAACAAGAAAAGCAAGCAUUGGAAAAGAGGCGAUUGGAACAAGAACAUACCGAACAGCGAUUGGCUCAACAGCAAAUCGAAGAAGAAAGGCAAUCAAAUCAAAGGCCACAAGCAUCACAGAAUAGAAUGGCAGCAGUUAGUGAUUUACUAAAAUCAAUGGGCGAAGAAGAAGCUAGGCUGAUCUUUGAGGCGUUGAAACAAAAGAUGGAAAAACCAACAAGGCAGAUCGAAGAAGAAACCCAGCAAAUUGCACAACAUCCGAUCGAAGAAGUAAAUCAGCAACAGUCUCAGCAGCAGAUCGAAGAAGAAAACCAGCAACUGCCACAACAGAAGUUCGAAGAAGUAAUUCAGCAUCUGUCACAACAACCGAUCGAAGAAGUAGAACAGCAACUGCCACAACAACCGAUCGAAGAAGAAAUCCAGCAACUGCCACAACAACCGAUCGAAGAAGUAGAACAGCAACUGCCACAACAGCAGAUCGAAGAAGAAAACCAGCAACUGAGACAACAACAGAUUCAAGAAGAAAACCAGCAACUGCCACAUCAGCAGAUUGAGGAAGAAUAUCAGCAACAGUCGCUCACAGAUAUUGAUAGGAUCGCGGAACUACGCAUUACACGCCAUAUAAAUUAUGCACAGGAUACAACUUUCCAGCACCGACCUGAUUUAGUUACAUUUGAUACAUCGGUUCAAGAUACUGCACAAGGAACAAUUCACGGCAUACCGAAUAAUAUCGACGAAUGGUUACAGUUUCGGACAGAAAUCCAUGAUAUAGCUACUAUUGAUGAGAAUGUCGAACGUUUUGAAACAUUUAAGUCACAAUUUAAUGCAAUUGAAGAUGAAAAUGUCAAAGAAAAGCUCUCAGAAAUUGAAAAAAUUUUGAAGAUCAAGUUUAAAUGGUUAGUUCUCAAUAAAAUCUUGGAUGAGAUAUCUAACCUGUUGAAUGCGAGACGUUUUGAACUUACCGCACAAAAUGUAGCGAGAUGCCUGGAAGUAACGCAGAAACGUAAUGUCACUACUCCCCAGGUUGGCUUCGUAACGGAUCAUAUUUUUGAAAACUCUCCAGAAAAACGAGAGAUCAUUAUCAAAUGUAUAACACAAUCAUCAGAAAGUGCCAACAAUGCGAUCAAACGUGCUGUAGAAUCAUUCAUCUUGGAAAAAAGCAGCACAAAAGAUGAAAAUGAUGUGUUGAAACAGUUUUAUAAUAAGUACCAUGAAGUAGUGACUCGGGCAAACAAAAUAUUAGAAAAAACUGAAUCAUUCAAAGCAGAGCUUAAGAAGUCAAAAAUACAAGAAGCAUUCCUUCAUCAGAAUGUAAACGUUAAUGACGAUGCAUGGCCGAUCGAUCUAGUACAGUUGAUUAGACAAGAUAACACGUUAAGGUCAUUGUACGAUGAACUCGUUUUUAUGAAAAAAGAAAAGAAACGUGACUGGGAAAAAUGUUGUGCCGAUGAAAAGAUACAAGACAUAUUAAAGAUCAACAUAAGACAACAAGGAAUUAUGUGCAAAAGUUACAGAAUACUGCUAGCGUAUUUGUAUGAUGUGAACAUUCGGGUGUAUGCCAGAGAUGAGGACCAUGAAAUUGUUCUGAUAGAAAAUCAUAAUCCCAAUUCCACAAAUAUGACACAUAUCUUAAAGACAGAAAACGAAUUCAUUCAGCUGAACAUCAAUGAAAGUCACCACCAGUUAGAGAAAGAGCGUCUGCACAAGGAUAGAAUUUACAGACGAAUUCUGACGGAGAUUGACGCGUUGCCAGACAUAAAGCAUAUGCAGGAUUAUUUGAACCAAAAAUUAUACGAGCAAAACAGUUUCAAUCAAGAGGAUGCAAUUGAAGAAUUAGGUGAAGACAUAGUAAUUGAAAAAAUUGCAGCAUUCUUUCCAGAAGAGGAAAGGGACAAC